UCGGUUCCCCGAUUGAUUCUGGAUGCUCAUCCCUACCGAUUUAGAGUAUAAUAACUAUGCAUGAAGUUCACAGGAGCUUCCAUCUUCGAUGGCGGAUCAAGGAGAUUUCGUGAAUCACUCCCAAAUCACUCAAUUUCCUCCAUUACAUCUGUUGCCAUAUUUAGCAGUGAAAGAAAUCUUGUAGCUUUUUAUAUUACUCAAUCUUGUAUUAUGUUUGUAAAUUACACUCUUGAUGAUAAUAACAACCACCGUCAAACACUGAAAUGGCUAGCGGAAUCGCUGCAGCUGCUAUUGAUAUCAUCGGCGAAGACCUUCUACAGAGCAUCGUGUCUAGACUUCCGGCAACCUCCUUCGCCUCCGCCGCUUGCGUCAGCCGCUCAUGGAACCUCCUUUGCGAACGCGUCCUUUCUCGUCCCAAGCUCUCCUCCGCAUGCUCCGUCAAUCCUUCUCUCCAGCCCUAAUUAUGAUCAGGAAGCUGUAGAAGAGGUGGUGAAUAAAGUACUAUCAGAGCCGAUUCGUCCUCACUUUGCCAUUGCUUCUAUUGCUGGUCUUUUCGGCUUUGAUUUGGAUGAAGAUGAGGAAGACGUUCUGGAAGAGGCUCGCCACCUCAUUAGUAGAAAAUUAGGUUCACAAGUUCCGGUUAUCACUAAUGAUGCUUCUAGUUUUGGAUUAAUUGGAAGAGAUGCACUUUCUGAUGAAUUCAAAGAGAUUCCGUUUAAACUUGAUGAUGGUGCUGAUAUAAUCAUGUUGACUGUUGGAUAUCUACCAGGGAUGAAAGUCACAGCAAUCCCACUUCUUGAGCAAAAUAAGGAGCCAGAAAUGUUCAUGAUUGACAAAUUUGUAACGGACAUUAGGGAGUUCUCAACUUCUGUUUCAGGGCGUAACUCCCCUGCUGCCAUAAUAAUGUACUGGGAUAACUACUAUAUAGGCAUGAUGGAUGUUGUCGAAAAGAUGGAUUGUGCCCUUCCACCAGAAACUGUCAUUGUUGGUGAUCUUUUCUCUGAGUUCCGAUACACCAACGAGACUGAUAAUGCUUUUGCUGCUGUUGCCUUGGUAUUUGCCGUGGACAUGAAUAAACCUCCUGGUAUAGGAGAAACUCAAUUUCAUGCUGUAGUGUCAAGUGGAUUGUCACCUGUAGGCCCCACAUACACGACAGCAUCAGUUAAUGAGAACAUUAACAAUGCACCUUUGAUCGCUGCAAGAAGAGAAGGGUCGCAUGAGAAUAUUGAUGGUCAAAUUGUGUUGAAUCAAGUUUACGAUGAACUAAGAAGAGACCGUAUUCAGUCUCGUGAAUUGUACAUUGGGGUAAGAAAAAGAAGAAAAUACUCCAUUGGUCAAGAAAAUGUCGGAUGUAUGACGUCUCUUGCAUUCCAUAGAGUUGUUGAGAGUCGCCAGCAGCGUCUUUUGGUUUUUGGUGAGGGCAUCAAAAUUGGAGAUACAUUCCGUUUUUACUACCCGGAUUCUACUGCCGCUAUAUCUUCAGUCGCCGCUGUCUCUAGCCAUCUGAGAUCUUUCAAUAGAGGGAGCAACAACGCCACUGGCGGUGAUAAGCAGGAUGUGUUCGGUGGUCUUAUAUUCAGUUGUUGUGAUGAGGAGUUCUUUGGCCAACCAAACAUUAACAUCUCACCGUUUGUGGACAACUUUCCUGGUGUGACACUUGGGGGGACAUUUUGUAGCGGGGUAUUUGGACGUGGCGUUUUAACCCCGUGUGUUAAAGAAUCCCAAGAACAAAAGGCGGUGCAAUGUUGCAUGCAUACUAAAGGUGUUGUCUAUUUAAUCAUGUCUUACACUCCAUCCAAAAGGAUCUAAUGGUGGUUUGACUGGAUAGAAAGGAUAUACAUUCAACUAGAUAAUGGUGGUUUUUUUCUGGUUGCUUGAAUUUAUGUCUUAUAGGAUGUAUGUUUUUGUGUUCUUAUUAUAGGGUUUACUGGUUGUUCUUCUGUCAUGAGAUUUAAGUGUUGACAUGUGGUUUCAUCCUUGUAAAAUGUCAACUUCUAAUGUCAUACUUAAGGGCACCCUUAAUCACAAAUUAAUAUACACUAAAACAUUGAGUUUUUUUUUCC